CAGCUGGUGGUCUGGUGUCACCGUCAACUUGUGUAACACUGUUGUGUUAUCUAUUUGCUUGGGUUGAAAUACAUAAGUUUUUUUAUCACAGAUAAUACAUGUUUCCAAUUUGGUAUUUCAAAAUUUGUAUAAUAAAUAUUGGUUAAUUAAUAUGGUGGUUCCUGAUGAUUAUGAGGCUAUUAUUCAAUGGCAUCCAGAAAUGAUAUUAGUUUCCAAAACUCCAGUUACAUGGCAAGGAUUUAUAACAGCUUCUUGUAAUUUUAAUGCAGGAAUAAAUAUUCGAAUCAAAUUAAAGUUGACUGUACCAAAUUAUCCCUCAUUGAUUGAUGCGGAAAUUAAUUUUGGUAAAGAAAUAACAUUCAUACGCAACGAAGAAUUUAAUCGGAGGGUUAAAAAUUUAACAAAUCAUGCAACUAAAGUAUCAAUAUUCUUGAGACAAUUACAGUCAUUAAUAGGUAAAUUUAUCAAUACAGCUCGCAUCAUUGAAAAUAACGAAUAUGAAACAACAAAUAAUAAAGUAAAAGAAAUGUUACAAGAAUUACAGAAUGUACUUGAAACUCCAUCUGAAGUUCAAUUAUCAUCUGACAAUACACUAAAUACUAUUAAACUAUCUUUGGGAAAGGUAGCUAUAAAAUUACAAAAGGUAAAGUAUGGAAUGCAUCCAUGGUCUGUUGUUUAUUCAGAUUUACCUGAAAUACCUGCACUUGGACCAUUUGAAAAGAAUGUAUCAACAUUAAUUGUAGCAAGAAAUAAAUUUAGAUUACAAGUAGAAAUACUUGAGAAAGCAUGGUCUAAUUUGAAGCAAAUUGAUGAGAAUUGUUGGGUAAUGGAUCCAUUACAACCAAAGCCAUGCCAUCUUUAUAGACGAAUUUAUCUAACACCGUCUUUAUCCAUGUUCAUUAAAAUAGAUCCUUUGAAUCCUAUGGAUUUACCAGAAAUUAAAUUUAUGGGUAGUGAAACAGAAGUUGAAUCUAAAAGGGAACUUAUUUCUAAGAAUUUACAGAAUUGGAAUUUACAAUAUAACUUUAUAGAUAAUUUAAUGAUGAUAUUGAAUUUAAAUACAUUUCCCAAAAAAGAAAAAAAAGAGACAGUACAAGAUGAGAAUACUAUUGUUACUGAUGAAGAAUGUUGUAUUUGUUUCUCUCUAGAAAUAGACUGUAAUAACUUACCUGAUAAAAUUUGUAGUAAUGAGAAAUGUAGAAGGCGUUUUCAUACAUCUUGUCUAUUACAGUGGUUACAAGCAGUUGCUGGUAAUCAUAUUGCAUUUGAUCAUAUUCAUGGCACGUGCCCUAAUUGCCAAGAAAACAUAUCAUGUUGCAUUAAAUAACAAAAUUUAAACCUUAAAAAAUAUUUGAAUCAAAUCUUGUUAAUUUGUCAUUCAAAUACGUAUAUAUGUGUAAAAUUCAAGAAUGUUGCCCAUUGUUUAACAGAAUCAUUGAAUUCAUGAGUACCACAUAUUAAAAUUAAUGUUUCAUUAAUCAUACAAUCAUCAAGUAUCUCAGAAACUGAUUCUUUAUUUAAUCUACCGGGUUUUACAUUUAUACCAUGGAGAUUGGAAAUAUUAUCUAAAACACAAAAAAAGAUAUGAAAGAUUUUUAAUACAUG